AUUUUAUCUUCAUAUUUAUUGAUUUUAUUCUAAUCACUAAUGAACUUUUUUAUUAUAAAAUUUAUUUAUUUCCUAAGUAAAAGGUAUUUUAAUCAAAAAGGUUAAAGAUUUUAAAUACUUUUGAUAAAUGUUUUGCUACUUAAUUGAUUAAAGUGAAACAAAGUAAAAUGAUGUUUAUAUAGCUAAAUCAUUUGAUAAUAUAUGUGAAUAGACAAAAGGGUAACAUGUUGGUACACAAGAAUUGUAUAAUGACACACCACGUUCUUGUCUCACCGUCCCGUUUUAGAACGGCGUUACACACUUGUACUCUCUCUGUCACGUAUGGAGUGCAUGUGAAGAAGGUUGGUGCGAAUUUUCUUAAGAAAAGAAAAAGAGAGAGAGACACACACACUCAACGACAUGCCAUUGUCUUUUUCCAGUCUGUUUUCUACUUAUCUUCAAACUAAUCAUAUUAUUUGCCGCUAAUAUUUAACGGAUUUUUUUUCCUUCCCUCUCUACUCUCAUUCUUUUACUUCUACAAUAUUUAUUUUACCAUAUUUUUAACAAAACAUUUUUUUGGUAUACUUUUAUCCGGAAGUUUGAAUCAUCACAGGGAUCGUCUCAAUAUAUUAAUCAAAAUAUAUAGUAGAGUAUGUUUCGUAAACUAUAUAAAUCAUAACAAAUAUUAGUCGUAGUUAUAAGUGAUAACGACUUGACGCAAUUAGUGUAACAUUCAGUGUGUCAUGUCUACCAAAUUCGGAAACCAAGUCAAAGAAAGACUACUAAACUAGGCAAUAAAGCACACAAAAUUAAUUUUAUGAUUCGAGAAGAGAUUUAAACGUGCAAUCUAACUAAAAUUUAAAUUGUAAAAUACAAUUGUAAUUUCUUUUCAGUCAAGCGAAAUAUAUAAUCAAAAUUUAAUUCAGACAAAUAAAAGGCACGCAGUACGUAAAAUCUAAUGAGAAACUUUUAGCCAGUUCAAAUAAUUUAAUAAGAAAACUCAUAAAAAUAAUUUGAAAAUAUGUGCAAAUUUAACUGGAAACAGUUAAUUAUUGUUGAUUGACAGAUUAAAAAAUGUAAAGAAAUCUGUUUUUGCUAUAAUUGCGCUUGGAAAGAAAGACCAAACCAUAAAAAAAUAAAAUAAAUAUAAACUUAAAAAAAUUCGAUUUUCUUGAAAACCUCUGCACACUCUCUCUCUCUCUCUCUCUCUCUCCCCCCUCAGUUUCCAGAUUCUAGGGUUUCGAGUUACAGUCCCUCUAAUGAACCUCUAAUUCUCGGGGGCCAAAUGAGUCAUCAUCAUCCAACUCUCGCUCUCACCUUCACCACUCUCCUCCUCCUCCUCCUCCUCCUCCUCCACGACGCAAACGCCGUAACCAACGACGAGCUCCAAUCCCUCCUCGAGUUCCGCAAAGGCAUCCGCGACGAAUCCUCCAACAACCGCAUCCAAUGGGCCGCGCCAGACUCCCUCACCGACCCCACAACCUGCCUCGACGACUGGCCCGGUAUCUCCUGCGACCCGGAAACCGGUUCAGUAACCUCAAUUAAUCUCGACCGGCUCGGUUUAUCCGGGGAGCUCAAAUUCCACACGCUCGCCUCUCUCCCCUCUCUCCGUAACUUAACUCUAUCCGGAAACCGCUUCUCGGGUCGGGUCGUCCCUUCCUUGGGUAAAAUCACCUCCCUCCAGCACUUGGAUCUCUCGGAUAAUGGAUUCUACGGACCUAUCCCGGAUCGGAUCUCGUCUCUCUGGGGGUUAAACUACCUCAACCUCUCCGCCAACAAAUUCUCCGGCGGGUUCCCGGGCGGGUUCGGGAACCUCCAGCAGUUACGAUCUCUCGAUUUGCACGGAAACGAUGUCUACGGAGACGUCACCGAGAUCUUCGCCGAGCUGAAGAACGUUGAGUUCGUUGACUUGAGCUCUAACCGCUUCCACGGCGGAUUAUCUCUAACCGUUUCCAGCAUCUCCAACACUCUCCGUCACUUGAAUCUGAGCCACAAUGAACUAAACGGAGGAUUCUUCAGCGGCGAUUCGAUUGGUUUAUUUAAGAAUCUCGAGGUUCUUGAUUUGGAGAACAACGAGAUCAACGGCGAGCUUCCUAGGUUUGGAUCGCAGCCUAAUUUGAGGAUCUUGAGGUUGGCGCGUAACCAGCUCUUCGGUGCGGUGCCUGGAGAGUUGCUUCAGAGUUCGAUUCCGUUGCAGGAGUUAGAUCUCAGUAGAAACGGCUUUACAGGAUCAAUUAGUGAGAUCAAUUCAACUACUUUAACUUUGUUGAAUCUUUCCUCCAACGGUCUAUCUGGCGAGCUUCCAUCGAGUUUGAGGAGUUGCUUAGUGAUAGAUCUUAGCGGGAACACGUUCUCAGGUGACGUGUCCGUUGUUGGAAAAUGGGAAGCUACUCCGGAGUUUCUUGAUCUGAGCUCGAACAGUUUGUCAGGAGCCUUGCCUAACUUCACUUCAGUGUUUUCGAGAUUAACCGUGUUGAAUAUUAGGAACAACUCCGUCUCCGGUAGCUUACCUUCACUGUGGGAUGCUUCUGGGGUUUCUCAGUUCUCUGUGAUUGAUCUCAGCUCGAAUAAGUUCAGCGGGGCAAUUCCGCAAACCUUCUUCACUUUUGGGAGUUUGAGAAGUUUGAAUCUUUCAAUGAAUAACUUGGAAGGGGCAAUUCCUUUUCGUGGCUCAGGUGCUAGUGAGCUUUUGGCUUUAACUUUUUAUCCUCAGAUGGAGUCGCUUGAUCUCUCUACCAAUUCGUUGACAGGUGAGUUGCCUGGGGAGAUAGGUACAAUGGAAAAGAUUAAAGUGCUGAAUCUCGCUAACAAUAAGCUCUCUGGGGAAGUUCCAAUCGAUCUCAACAAGCUUAGUGGUCUGGAGUAUCUUGAUUUGUCAAACAACGGUUUCAACGGUCAGCUUCCCGACAAGCUUCCUUCACAAAUGGUGAGGUUUAACGUGUCUUAUAACGACUUAUCAGGCGUAGUUCCAGAAGGCUUGAGAAGCUACCCGCGUUCGUCGUUUUAUCCUGGUAACUCUAAGCUGAUUCUCCCAGGUGGGACGCCAACGGGUGUGCCUGAGAAAGAACGUCAUUCGAAGCGUAGCGUGAUGAUCGCUGUUAUUGUUGCUUCACUUGGAGCUGCUGUUAUGGUUCUCUUUGUCUUAUUUGCGUAUCAUCGAACACAGCUCAAGCACUUUCAUGGGAGGAAUGAGUUUGCUGAUCAAGACACGGCUAGGGACGCCAAGUCUGGACGCUCUUCUCGUCCCUCUUUUCUCAACUUCGGCUCAAAUACUGGACAACAUUCUUCAUCUUUGAGCUUCUCAAACGCUCACUUGCUCACAGCAAAUUCAAGGUCCUUAUCCGGAAUACCCGAACCUGAGAUAACUGAGCAGGGUUUACCCCCCGACACAUCUGGACGGAGGUCUUCUUCAGGAGGCUCUCCAUUGUCCUCCUCGCCUCGUUUUAGCGACCAGCCUGUUAUGUUAGAUGUCUACUCACCCGAUAGGUUGGCUGGAGAGCUCUUCUUUUUAGAUCUUUCACUGAAACUCACAGCAGAAGAGCUAUCCAGAGCUCCUGCGGAAGUUCUAGGUAGAAGCAGCCAUGGAACGCUAUACAAAGCAACGCUGGACGAUGGGCAUAUGUUGACCGUGAAGUGGUUGAGAGUUGGACUCGUGAAGCAUAAGAAGGAUUUCCACAAGGAAGCUAAAAAAAUCGGCUCUUUGAAACAUCCGAACAUAGUCCAGUUGCGAGCUUACUAUUGGGGUCCGAGAGAACAAGAGAGGCUUCUCCUCUCUGAUUACAUGGGAGGAGAAAGCUUGGCUAUGCAUCUAUACGAGACUACUCCGCGGAGGUAUUCACCGAUGUCUUUCACUCAAAGGCUAAAAGUUGCUGUUGAAGUGGCGCAGUGUCUUCUCUACCUUCAUGACAGAGCAAUGCCACAUGGGAACUUAAAGCCAACAAACAUAUUCCUCACAAGUCCUGAGAACACAGUGCGGAUGACAGAUUACUGUAUUCACCGUCUGAUGAGUUCAUCUGGUGUAGCGGAACAGAUACUGAACAUGAGUGCACUCGGCUACUCUGCUCCUGAACUUGCCUCAGCUUCCAAACCCGUUCCGACGCUCAAAUCAGAUGUCUACGCGUUUGGUGUGAUUCUCAUGGAGCUUUUGACUAGACGUAGCGCGGGUGACAUAAUCUCUGGCCAAUCAGGAGCCGUUGAUCUGACAGAUUGGGUGAGGUUGUGUGAUCAAGAAGGUAGGAGAAUGGAUUGCAUAGACAGAGACAUUGCAGGUGGAGAAGAGUUCUCUAAGGCAAUGGAUGAUGCACUUGCUGUAGCAAUCAGGUGCAUUGUCUCUGUAAAUGAAAGGCCUAACAUCAGACAGGUUCUUGAUCAGCUUACCUCAAUUUCUUCUCCUUGAGAUUUAUUUAUUUUCUCUGUAUAUCUCAAUGGAUAUCUAUUCAUCCAUCAUCCCAUUAUUUCUUCUUCUUUCUGGUUUUGUGUUUUUUAGUAGUUUGAUCAGAUGAUUCAAAUUCUCAGGUGUUCUUACAUUUCUAUUUUGUUGAUUAAUUUUCCCUUCCUUGUAAAGGUAGAAGAAAAACUAAUCCCAUUAUUUUUGCUGACAGAAAACAUUUGAGUUUGGUUCUUAAUUUUUCUAAUGUUUAUUU